AUGGGCUCUAUGAAAUCAUCUCUGGUGUGUCUAGGGGCACUUAUCGUCCUAAUCAUCGCUACCCCUAUAGACGAAACUUCAACCCCAGCUGUCUCUGCUCGCGCUGAGGCUACCGUCUUCAUGUGUGACGACACCCGCUUCAGAGGCCAUGAUGUCCCGGAGAGCUUCAUUGACCGCAUCAGCUCUAUCCGUAAUAAUGAUAGGAAUAAAGACACUUGCACUUGGUAUCGGGAGCGGCAAUGUCGAGGGGAGUCCUAUCGUAACCAGGAUGAUGAUAAUUUAGCUGACGGUAAUGGCCACUUCAACGAUGCUAUCCGAAGUUAUGAGUGUAAGAGAAAGUAA